GCUUGUUUGUAUUUGUAAGCGAGCGAACGAACGAAUAUAAUGGCCAUGGGCUGAUGGUAUAUCCUGUAAAACUGUGCGUUAAAACGUUGAACGUGCUCACGUAUUAUAAUAUACUAUAUGAUUAGGUUAGGUUAGGUUAGGUAACAUAUUUGACUUCUUGAGUGUGUCAGCAGAGUGUUGUAUAGUAUAUACAUGACGGCCGCUUCAUGACAACAUAGCCUCCUCUCCUGGGUGUGGUUCACGUGGGAUCUCUUCUAUUCAUAAGUCUCAACUCAGAUCUUGAUCUAUUGACAUUUAUUUUUUCAUUAUUUUUGAUGGUGUCGAGUUUUGCCACGCAAAAAUCAUCAUUUACAAUGAAGAAAAGAACCUUAUCUGGCAAUGUUGGAAUUGGAGUUUUUAUUGUUGGUUUAGUGUGUGUUUGUACUGCAUUUUGUACAUCUGCGUGGUUAGUAAGUGACUAUAGAAUCACAGGCGCGAAACUCAAUCAAUUGGGACUUUGGAGGCAUUGUUUUCGAUCGCUUGCAAAUCCAACUGAGCCUUAUGCAUUAAAACGAUUUUUCGUUGGUUGCAGAUGGAUCUAUGAUCCAUUUACUGCUGGUUACUCCGAUAUUCGGGGAUUUUUGUUACCAACAUUCAUGGUAGUAACCCAAGUGUUUUUUACUCUCAGUUUUAUAGCAUGCAUUGUGGCACUUGGUCUAGUGUUAUUAUUUGGAUUGUGCUGUGAUCCAGAACAAAAGCGUUACGUGGAUCUUAUUUUAUUAAUUGGCUUAAUACUGUUAAUUGGAGGUGUUUCUGGAAUAUUGGCAGUUAUUGUUUUUGGUAGUCUUGGAAAUACAGAAGGUUGGAUGCCAGGACAUGAAACAAAUUAUUUUGGAUGGUCAUUUGUAUUGGGUGUUAUUGGCGUUAUUUUAAUUUUAAUUGCCGGAUUACUUUUUAUUAUUGAAGGUAAUGUUCAACGUAAAAAACGUAAUUACUUGAGAGAAUCACAAACAAGAUUUCAAUUGGAGUCAAAAUCUUAAAAAAAAAUUUAUGCAUUUAAAAUUUUAAAUAUUGAAGAAAUUUGCGAAAUCAAUGACUAGCGGGGAAAAAAAUCCUAUUUUUGAGGAAAAUGAGAAAAAUAAAAAAAAAAAUCUUUUAUCAUUUGAGAAGGGGGAGGGGGAAUAAGUAAUUAAAAAUUUAGAUUUAUUGAAAAUACGAGAGAAAUAUGCCUUUUUGAGUGCCUUUUUGAGGAUACGAACUCAACUCAUGACGUGCUUGUACCUAUUGUAUAAAAAUUAGAAUCUCCGUUACAAAUAUAUAGUUUUUAUCAUCCGUCCAUUAAUCUAGUAGGUUUUAAAAUUUUUAAUAACUUAAUUUUAUAUAUAUAUAUAUAUAUAUAUACAUCUAUGUAUAAUAUAGUGCGUAGUUGUCUUUUUUUUUUAGUUUUAAUUGAAUUUGAAAAAUUCAAACGUAAAUUUAUUUGUGAGAAUUAAAAAAAAAAAGAAUUCACAUUUCAAUGAAAAAUUUCAAUUUCUUAGAAUGCAAGACUGAUUCUAAUUUGCUGCCUUGAGAAAUCUCAAAUUUCAUAAUUCAGUAAAUUAAAAUUCUUUGAUUUUCAGUGAAUUAAAAAUUCACUAAUGACAAUGAAUUAAAAAGAAAACAUCUCUAACGCCAGUAAAUUUAAAUUCACUGAUGCCGUUAAAUUUAAAUUUAAUAUAAUUAAAUUAUUAAUUAAUUAUUAUUAAAUCAAAUUAUUGUAAAUUUAAAUUUAACAUUACCGCAGUUAAUUUUUAUUAAUUAUUAACAGUGAAUUGAAUUUUAUUAAUGAAUUUCUCACUGCGAUGAAAUUAAAUCGAACGAAUUUGACAAAAAUAUUCAUUCUACGAGAUUAUAACAAUGCAUUAAAAAAUAUAUACUAUUUUUUUUUUUACUUUAGUUUGCAAAUCUACUUUUUGCAAAAUAAAAAAAUAUAUUAUAGCUAUAUGUAAUUUAUACAAAUAACAAAAAUACAUGAAAGUAUUAUUUGUAUGAAAUUUUGUGAAACUCGCUUUAAAAAAAAGCAAAUAUAUGUCUACAAUUUCCGUCCAUAUACACAAAAAACUGCGUACAAAAUUUAUUUGUAUUUUUCUUUUUUUUUUUUAUUGUAAAAAAUCUAUUAAAGAUUUGUACAAACAAAAAUAAAUGUUUU